AUGGCGACGGUACUCCAGCAACAAUUGGCUGCCAUUGCGGCCAACAGCACCCACCAACUCGACCUCAAAGCGCAAAAGGCGCAACACAGCAAGYCGCUGCUGUUCGAGGCGCGCGAUGCCGCCACGCAAAACUUCGACACCAUCUACCACCUCUGUCUCGAGGGCUUCGACGAAUUAUGCCACCUGGACUCCCGAUUCCUGCCCUUUUCCCGCAAUCUCUUCCGCGAACAGAGCAAAAAUGAGGACCGGACGAGCAUGACGGCGCAGCAGAAUGGCGAGUUGGAUACAGUCAUUGAGAGGUUUCUGGCCCUGUUGGGAGGCCGAUUGCUCCUCUCGCCGGGGAUGAAAGCGGCAGAGUGGAUGGUGCGACGAUUCCGCGUGCACGAAUACAACACCCAAGCCUUGCUCCUCACCUUCCUUCCCUACCACGCCCACCCCAUCUUCCCCACCCUCCUCUCCAUCCUACCGAAACAUCUCCCUCCCAACUUCCGCUUCCUCCACCCCUACGUUGCAUCCCUACAGAGUCCUCCACGACAUGCCGUCGUCACCGCCGCCAGCAACAAUCCCGCCUUCUUCGCCGCGUUCAGCGAUUACGUGUGUGAGGCCGCGAGAUGGAGAUAUCAAUCCGCACCCUUGAUGGGAUUCUGGGCGAGUGUCACGGCACAGGCCGUCAAUGGGAUGGUGGAUGCCACACGGUCGGGAAGAGAGGCCAUUCGUAAGCAAAAGGAGGAGGAUGUCUUGCUGCGCGUCAUCCCCACCCUCCAAAAGGCGCUGGGCAUCAAAGUGCAUGAAUUGUAUCUUGGAUCCUGCAUGAUCAUGACAAUCCUGGCAUGCAAGGCUUCUCUGGCUGACAAGGUGCUGAAUGCUAUGAUGGAGGCCGUUGCUGCGGGCUGGACGGAACAGACGAGAGAAGAUGGCCUGACAUGUUUGGCCGUGUUGGCGGAGGAGAAGCAGCAGUUCCAUCUCCCCCGAAAAGUCACCCGGGCCAUCCUCCACCAAGAUGACGCGUGGGAUGUCAUCCAGCGCAUCGGCUUGAAAUGUCGUGCGGACCGUCUCAUUGUGGGCGUUGCACAGGGAUCCAUCUCGGAGAUUGUCGAUAAACGUGACCCACGUGCUGCUCAGAUGCUCCUCGCCAUUUUGGAGUCUGCCACCCUCCCGCGAGGCCACUCUGUUGUAAUCCUGGAGGCUACUAUCAACGCUGUUGUCGACUUGUCUCCAGCGGAACAGGAAGAGAAUGGCCGCAAGGAGCUUCUUGCUGCUCUCGCUGCUCUGGGCGAACAAGCCGGCGGCACUCAACUCAUUGAACUGGCAGCUCAGAGGUCCAAGAUCGACUUGGCCCAGUUGGAUGCAAAUCUCGCACUCCAACUCGAGGCYGCACCUCAAUCGGAAGAGGAAUCCGAUGAAGAUGUCAAGAUGUUGGACAGCAGUGCACCAUCAGAUCCAUCUCUCAAUUUGAGCGAGCUCCCAAAAUUACCUUCCAAGGACUCUUCCUUCUUGGAUACCACCAACCAGGAGCUGUUCGAAGCAUAUCUGGCUGCAUUCAUGAAAGCCCUUCCCUCCGAUCAGGACCUCGAGGCUCUCCUCAACCUCCACUCCCUUCACAGAAGUACAUGCGAGCAACGUCCUGCCGUCCUCUCCUUCUUCGCGCGUGUCUGGACUUCUCCCGUCUCCAACUCUGCACGACUCAAGGCACUCCACAUCACCCGUGGACUGCUCGAAGAGAUGAAAAAAGGUCAACACUCCAUCGACAUGCAAGCGCUCGUGCCAUAUGUCAUUGCAGGUCUCGCAGAUCCUGUCAAAUCCAUUCGUAGUGCUGCAGCAUCUACCUGCCGGGCUUUGAGUGGUCUAUAUCAAAGCAAGUCAGGUAAGGGCAAGGCUACAGGUGAUGUGCGAGUCUGGAGUAAGGAUAUCUUCUACGGCACCGACAGUUCCCAAAUCCAGCGACUGUCUCUCGCAGACGCACAGAGAUUCAUGUCCGAGGCUUUGCUGCCCAUUUUGGAAGACUGCACAAUUGACUCCAACUACAUCAUCCAAUACUUGGCGGACAGUAUCAAUGCGACAUCUGCCCUCGUCCAUACCGAGCGGAAGGAACUGAAAGMCUUGAUUCGUACGAGUGUGUAUGGAUUCUUGGCUUCACAUCUGGUGGCAACACCAGUGCAAGAUGUCAAGCUUCGACUUGCCGCCAUUCUCUGCAAAGUCGGCAAGAUUGCUGGUACUUCACGCGCUCACAUCAUCCUACCGUAUGCUCGCGCAUACCUUGCAGAGACAGCCUCACAAUCCACAUCACCCUCAGUCACAACUUUGAGCGCAGCACUCGUCAGCUGUUUGACACACCGCUCUCCCGAGGAAAUGCAGCUUCUCAAAGCAUUGGCACUUGGUGAAUGCGGGAUUGAGAGAGUCAAGCUUGGAUUGAAUCGUCUGCGAGAACUGUGGUCUGCUACCAAGGACGCAUCUCAGCUCGAUUUGAUGGACUGGCUUGUUGAUGUUAGCCUGAACGCCAACACAUCCGAGGAGACGCAAACGGAGGCAAUGGAUACUCUUCGCAGCUUGACACUUUCCACACCAAUCUUGGUCCAUCUUGUCGAGCGCUUGCCAACAGUCGGGGACUUGCAAGGUCAGCCCACGUCCACCAAAAAGCAACGAACAAGCAGAGUUUCGGAUGUCACAAAGACUGCCAACAUCAGCAAAGACAAGAUCAACGCUGCUGUCCGUCGCAUCACUUUGGUCCUCGAGCUGGUGGAGGAAUCCCACCCCGAGCACCACUCGGCGUUGCUAAAGGGACUGUUCUACUUCCUCAGUGAAUUACACCACUACAAGAUUCUCCUCAACUCUGAAUUGGUCUACCUGCAAGGCUUGAUCAUCAACGGCUUGUUGGAUGUUGUCAACGGGCUUAAAUCGACAUCCAACAAAGAUGUUGAUCGCUCCGUCAUCCGGGCUGACCUCAUCGUGGAAUGCGUACGAACCACGUCUAGCACACAAGUUCAUCACGCGGCGUUACUCUUGAUGUCAGCACUUGCAUCUUGGGCGCCUGAUCUUGUCUUGCACAGCGUCAUGCCAUUGUUCACCUUUAUGAGCUCCACCAUCCUCAAGCAAGGCGAUGAUUACAGCGCUCACGUUACGGAUCAGACGGUCGCGAGGAUUAUCCCCCCAUUGGCAGCCUCAUUGAAGAAGCGUGGGAAAGAUUUGAUCAGCGGCGCGGCAGAAUUGCUUCUCAGCUUCACCGCUGCCUUUGAGCAUAUUCCUCUUCAUCGUCGGGCAGGUCUCUUCCGACACUUGGUGCAGACCUUGGGUGCUAGUGAAUCUCUCUUCGCUGUUGUUGCAAUGUUGGUGGAGCGAUAUCCUGAUCAGGCCAACGUCUUGCCGUUUGUCGCAGAGCUCAUGGGUGAAUUCGACGUCGAUAUUCAACUCCACGCUGUAAGCCAAUACCUUGACCUUAUCUCUGAUACAUUGAAGCCAAAGAGAGGCUUGUCAGAUGUCAUUCUCGGAUAUGGUGAGAAGAAUGCCGAUCAAUCCAGAAUGGCAACGUCCAACCUUCUCACUGGUCUAUCGGAGGUCCUCUCCCGCGACGCUCUCCGGAAGAAGCUCGCCAAGCAACUCAACAAACCAGAAGGUGCAGAAAACCUCCGCAUCACAUACUCCGUCUUGUUGGAAAAGUCCAUGCAGCUCGGCCUUCAGCUCAAGACGGAUGAGACUCUCCACGACAGUGCGAAUAGAGUAUUGACAGCCUUGCUCGGUUUGAUGCCCACCAAAGAUUUCAUCGACGCAAGUGCUAUGCUCAUGCAAACCGGCUCCAAUGAGAUUCGCCAGCAAGUCUUCUGGUCUCUUGAACAGCGCGUCAAGUCUGCCAGACGUGGCGAUGCAGCCCUGCAGGCAAUCUUCGGAGAGACGCUCUCCAAUUGUGCGAUUUUCGUGUCCGACUCCCAACCAACCGCGACCAGAAUCGCCGCCAUCACCUGCAUUGAUAAUAUUUCCGAGAAAUUCGGCAAGACUGAUCGGGAUGCUGUGAUGAAGGCUGCCGAGAAGAUUGCUGGACCGGCCGCUUUAGGUGAUUACGAUUUCGAUCUUCAUCGCAUCUCCCUGCUUUGCCUUGCUAGUAUGCUGGAAGUGCUCGGAGACGCCUUCAUUCCCAUCUUUGUCAACACUACCAACCACGCGAUUGAAUAUCUCCGGAAAGAGCUUGAUGAGGAGGAACGUUUCCGGGAUCAUCCCAUGAUCACUGCUUGUUUCAGCUAUGCCACGGCGGUGUUGGAUUACAUCCCUUUUAUGCUGACUGGAAAGUUCCUCGACCCUCUCCUUGUCUUAUCCGCCAAAGCCAACAACUACCAUGCCAAGCAAUUCACCGAUCUUGCCUCCAAGACUGUUUUCGCGCAAGACCUAUUCUCUUCCAUCCACCGAACAAUGCCAGAGGUAGAGGCUCUUGGACGGGAUGCCAUGGGUCUCCACAUGGAAACCCUCCUCUCUACCAUCAAGCAUCAACAAAAGGCCGUCAUCUCCCGCUACGCACCCCUCUUAUUCACCAUUCUUCUUGAAGCAUUCGAUCUCCGUCGCAAACUCCCCCCUUCUACAGGGGAUGACAAUUCCAGCAGUGAAGAUGAAGAUGAAGAAUCCACACCCUACGAUCUCGUCACGGAUGCCACAAUGCAAACGGUCCUCAAACUCAACGACUCCACCUUCCGCCCCUUCUUCACCAAACUCAUCACCUGGGCGGGAUCCCUCCCGAAGAAAGACAUCCAAGGAACUCGACACCGCUACAUGAGCGUCUACUCCUUCGCCCACGUCCUCUUCGACCAACUCAAAAGUCUCGUCACCAGCUACGCGGGCUUCCUUCUUGAGAGCGCCGCCGACAUCCUCUCCCACCAAGGAUCCACAGACGACCAAACAUUGCACCUCCAAUCCCAAGUCCUCGAAACCCUCACGGCGAAUUUCGAACACGACUCCGAUGGCUUCUGGCAAUCCCCCUCUCAUUUCAACAUCAUUUACCCACCAAUCCUCUCCCUCCUUGCUUCUCCCGCACACCAUUCUUCCUCCACCCCAAUCAUCCCGGCAAUCACAGCUCUCGCUCAAGCAGCUAAUUCCCCCGACCAUCACAAAUCUCUCAAUACCCUCUUAAUGUCAUUUUUGAGGCAUGAAAGUGGACGGGUGAGAUUAAUGGCUGUGAGGACUGAGAGGAGGUUGACGGAAGUUUUGCAUGUGGAUUGGAUUAGUCUUUUGCCGGAAAUGUUGCCUGUGAUUUCGGAGUUGCAGGAGGAUGAUGAGGGGGAGGUUGAGAGGGAGGUUGGGAGGUGGAUUGCGCAGAUUGAGGAGGUUACUGGGGAGAGUUUGGAGGGGAUGUUGCAGUAG